GCGACGCCAUUGACUCUAAAAAAUUGCAUAAAGCAUUCACUCUCCCCCUUCCAAACUUCUGAUUCCUUCUCUUCGAUUUCUUCCACAUGUCAUAUCUGAUCUCACGUUUGAGAAUAUCUACUCCAAAAAUUCCAAUUCAUCCCAAAUUCCAAUACAGAAACUUCUCUCGCACAAACAUCAUCAUGGGUGUCACAAAGACUAUCUUGAAGCAGGGUUUUGGUGAAAAACCCAAGGCUGGAGAUACCGUCACCAUUGAAUACACUGGAUGGUUGAAGAAUACCAAUGCCAGCACUCCUGAGACGCAAAAGGGUAACCAGUAAGUCGAUCCAAAAGCCCCAAUCCCUUUUCCAUGGUAAUGCCAUACCCUUCUCCAUUCUGUGAGUAACAAACUUCUUCGCAGAUUCGAUUCAUCUGUCGGCCGUGGUGCUUUCGUUGUUCAAAUCGGUGUUGGUAAAGUCAUCAAGGGUAUUUUAUCCCGCUAUCUGAUAAAAGUGACGUUGGAUUCUUAUUAACUGGUUGUUAGGCUGGGACGAGGGCGUCACCCAAAUGCAGGUCGGUGAGAAGGCUACCCUGGAUAUUACUCCGUAAGUGACAUCUGCCAAUGCAUUGUUAAAUGGCCAAGCUAAUAAUAUCUUCAUAGUGACUUUGCCUAUGGUGCCCGGUAAGACCUUUCUAAUCCCCAACCCCACCGUUUCUCUUCCAUAUGUCGACUCAAUGAGUUGGACCGUCGGGGAAAAACGGCUACAAUACGAUGGACGGACGGAAUUGCUGAUCUUUCAUGUUAUAGCGGUUUCCCCCCUGUCAUCCCAGCUAACUCAACUCUCCUCUUGUAAGUCUCAGAUUUACCAGAAUAGAUCCACAAAGUUCUCCACUAACAACAUCUGCAGUGACGUUGAGCUUCAGAAGAUCAGCUAAAUGCGCGGUAUUCAAAAGUGUUCAACCAUAGAUCGUCAAAUGGCGAGGAAGCUCAGGCUCAGGAUGAAUGAAUGAAUUAACGAAUACAUGGUGGUGGAAGCAUAUAAGCAUGCAUGAACCGCACGUUGAGUUGAGAAUGGAUACUACAUUGUUUCUCUGAAAUUUACCACGCAUUUGACUUUUGUGACGGACUUUAAAUCUAUAAAUA